AUGGCGAGCGUGCCGAUCAGAGUGUUCGGGGGGGGGGAGGGAGGGGGGGCGUGGGGGAGCGUGAGGAGGGCGGACGUGGGAGGGGGGGACGUGGAGGGGGGAGACGAGGGGGGGGGGGGGGGCGGACGUGGGGGGGGGGCGGACGGAGGGGCCGGGGCCGGGGACGUGGAGGCCGGGGACGUGGGGAGGGCGGACGUGGGCCUGGCGCACUUGGGGAGGGGGCACGUGGGGAGGGCGGGCGUGGGGAGGGGGCACGUGGGGAGGGUGGACGUGGGUAGGGAGGACGUGGGGAGGGAGCUGAUGGGCAUGGAGGACGAGGGGCUAACACCUCCCGUGCUCUCCCCUCCCCUGCUCUCCCCUCCCGUGCUCUCUCCUCACCUGCUCUCCCCUCUCGUGCUCUCCCCUCCCGUGCUCUCCUCUCCUCUGCUCUCCCCUCUCGUGCUCUCCCCUACCGUGCUCUCCCCUCCCCUGCUCUCCCCUCCCCUGCUCUCCCCUCCCGUGCUCUCCCCUCCUGUGCUCGGCCAUCCCAUGCUCUCCCCUCCUGUGCAAUGA